UUAAGCCGGUUUAACUUGGACGGUGCUGCUACAUCCAUGUACGCUGGCAACACACGCCAUCGAUACUGUCGCGCAUGAAUGCGAACUGGCUGACGCCUCCUCCUCGUCAGCGCAAUGAUUGCCACACAAUUUCUUGCGGUGGAGCCAAGCGCCAUGACUUGCAGACUGCCGCAUGGUCUGGGCGAUAAACGCCCCAUCCCUGGCGACGAACGCCGAAGCUCUUCCGGCGACACACGCCGCUAAGCGCGUCCGGCAAGACCGACACACGAUCCACUGUUGUAGCACCUCUAUUGGUGAUGACACACACGGCCCAGCAACCUCGCCGCUCCGCCAUCAGUCAAUGCCAUCACGCUGCCGGCGAGCUCUGGCUUCCGCCAGUCGCCGCCAUGAAUGCCGCCUCGUGCCGGCCAGCACACCUCCGGCAAGGGGAACGGAUCCCCCGACGACCUAACCUUGCUCUUGAUACCAAUUGUUGGCUUCGCCCAGGAACUCUCUCACACUCACGAACACACGACGUCGGCGAGGGAGAUGAUGAACGCAAGAAUUUAUGGCGACGAACGCCGCGGCGACGAACAUCUGUAUCUUGGCCUGUUAUUUCAGUGGACUUGGCAACAAACACAUGGGAGCUCGGGGCUACUUGUAGGCUAGGAGCAUCACGGAGCCAUCCUCCAUGGCUGGUCUUCACGCCACGAUCCGCAGGAACCGGCCGGACAUCGUGGCCUCAUCCACACGGACUCACGCCAUGCACACACUCCCCUAACUGACACCAGCCGCACAGCACCUCUGCAGCUCACGCACAUUUCGGCGACACACGCAGACUCACAAGAUGCACACAACGCCUAGUGCCCAUCUAACACAUGUGCAAGUCAGUAAUAGUUCUAACAGCUUCCACAUCAUUCUCUCUAUUGUAGCCACCUCCCUGCAUAUAUAUGCUUCUUUGUAUCACAGAAACGAUAAACAAAAAAAAAGAGGUUCCACCACACUGGCCUACAGGUCGAGGCGCGGCAACGACGCCCCAGUUUUUCUAGUUGAUAGCUGGAACGAGAAAUAGAACAAGCAGGCCCAACAGGCCUACAAUCUGAGUUGGGCUCAAUGACGACAGGCCUAAAAUUGUUGUUACAUGCGAGAAGCGGCAACUUUCAAACAACUGUCCAACUCCCAAAUUAACCAACUUCCACAAAUCUCUCAGCGCCAUUGUUUCUCUAGAACGACAAGGAAAACGAGGCCACGUCCCUUCACUCGGUUGCUCUUUCUCCGUCCUCUCUGCCUCUCACCAGGUAAGGGCAGAGGGAGAGAGAGAGGAGAAAGAGGGAGGGGGGAAACGCCGUCGACCAUGUCGGCGGCAUUCUCGGACUUCGGCCCGCUCACGGAGCGGCGCCGCGUUGAGAAGCAGCGGCAGCAGCGCCGGCGCGUCAUGUUCGCCGCUGCCGGCACGUCGGUGGUCCUCAUCCUCAUUGUCAUGGGCGGCGCUGCCGUCGCGUACAACGCUAGCGUCCAGGACGAGGAGUCGGAUGCCGACUCCUCGUCCUCCUCGCCCUCUUCCCCUUCCGGCGGCGGGUCGGGGUCGAGCCUGAUCAGCGUGUCCAAGAGCGUCAAGGUGAUGUGCGCGCAGACCGACCACAGGGACGCCUGCGAGAAGAGCCUGUCCAAGGCCGCGAACGCCAGCGCGUCGUCGCCCAAGGACAUGGUCCGCGCCGCCGUGGCCGUGAUCGGGGACGCCGUCGGGAAGGCGUUCGACCAGUCGGCGCUGGCCACCGGCGACGACCCACGCGUGAAGGCCGCCGUCGCGGACUGCAAGGAGAUAUACCAGAACGCCAAGGCCGACCUCGCGCGCACGCUCCGCAGCAUCGACGCCCGCGGCAUGGACGAGGUCACCAAGCGCGGGUACGAGCUCCGCGUCUGGCUCAGCGCGGUGAUCGCGCACAUGGAGACGUGCAUCGACGGGUUCCCCGACGGGGACCUGAAGAAGAACAUGACCGCCACCAUGGAGUCCGGGAAGGAGCUGACCAGCAACGCGCUGGCCAUCAUCGAGAAGGCCUCGUCGUUCCUCGCCGCGCUCCACGUCACGGCGGGGGCGGCCAGCCACCGGAGGCUGCUCAGCAUCCGCGAAGGCGAAGACGUGGAGAAGCAGCCCAAAGUGAACCACUCGGGCACUUUCCUUGGCGAGCGCGGCGACAGCCCGGCGCCCGACGACAGUUCCCGAAGGAGGCUGCUCGGCAUCCGCGAAGGUGAAGACGUGGAGAAGCAGCCCAAGGUCAACCACUCGGGCACUUUCCUGGGCGAGCGCGACGACAGCCCGGCGCCCGACAGUUCCCGGAGGAGGAGGCUGCUCGGCGUCGAGGACGACGAUGACACCCCGCCGUGGGUGAAGGGGCCGGAGAGGAGGCUGCUCAAGGGCAGCAACUUCCAGAGCAGGCUCACGCCCAACGUGGUGGUGGCCAAGGACGGCAGCGGCAAGUUCAAGACCAUCAACGACGCGCUCAACGCCAUGCCCGCCAAGUACACCGGCAGGUACCUGAUCUACGUGAAGCAGGGGGUGUACGAGGAGUACGUGACCAUCACCAGGGCCAUGGAGAACGUGACCAUGUACGGCGACGGCGCCAUGAAGACCAUCAUCACCGGCAGCAGGAACUUCGCCGACGGCCUCACCACCUACAAAACCGCAACCUUCAACGCGCAGGGCGACGGCUUCAUCGCCAUCGCGCUGGGGUUCCGCAACACGGCCGGCGCGGCGAAGCACCAGGCGGUGGCGCUGCUGGUGCAGUCGGACCGGUCCAUCUUCCUCAACUGCCGCAUGGAAGCGUACCAGGACACGCUGUACGCGCACUCCAAGGCCCAGUUCUACCGCAACUGCGUCGUCUCGGGCACCAUCGACUUUGUCUUCGGCGACGCGGCCGCCGUGUUCCAGAACUGCAUCCUGGUGCUCCGCCGCCCCAUGGACAGCCAGCAGAACAUCGCCACGGCGCAGGGCCGCGCCGACGGCCGCGAGAGCACGGGCUUCGUGUUCCAGUACUGCCGCUUCACCGCCGAGGCGGCGCUCAGGGACGCGUCCCGCCCCGCCAUCCGCAGCUACCUCGCCCGCCCCUGGCGCGAGUUCUCGCGCACGCUCAUCAUGGAGUCGGAGAUCCCCGCCUUCAUCGACAGGGCCGGGUACCUGCCGUGGAACGGCGACUUCGGGCUCAAGACGCUGUGGUACGCCGAGUACGCGAACCGGGGGCCCGGCGCCGACACCGCCGGCCGCGUCACCUGGCCCGGGUACAAGAAGGUGAUCAGCAAGGACGAGGCCGCCAAGUUCACCGUGCAGAGCUUCUUGCACGCCGAGCCGUGGCUCAAGCCCGCCGGCGCGCCGGUCAAGUACGGCUUCUGGGCGUGAGGACGUUCAUUCUGGCGGGGCGCGCACGCUUUCUUCUGAUUCCGAGGAAGCUAGCAGAGGACGCGAUCGACAGCGACGGAAGCAGAGGUCGGUUACCAAAUGUGGCGCUGUUCGGUUGUUGGGAGCAUGCUGAUCCACUGAAUGGACCAUAAUCCUUGUACAUUGUAUGUGUUGAUUUUGAUACUGUAUGUACAUGUAUUGAUA